AUGACGACGCUGAUCCAAGGCGGCCCAGCAACGAACUGGGCCACAAUUGCACUGCCGCCAGCUAUCGCCACGGCGGUACGUUUGGCGCGUAUGCAAAUGAGAGAAAUUAACUGGCUUUGCAGUUCGCAGCGGACGGUUUGCACCUCGUUUCAAAGUGGAUCGACGAGGAGAGAUCAGCGUAGCCAGGAGCCGGGCGAUCGACGGAUAGAUGUCGGUUAUGAGUCAACGAUGGGCAGUGGGCGAACGAACACAAAGUACAACGAAACGAAUCGACUGCGAUGA